AUGGAUACGGAUUCGGUGCAUUCGCAGGAGGGCCAGACAGGGCAGGAUGGCAAGAAGGAAAAGAGCAGGAGACCACCCAACACGGCCUUCCGACAGCAGCGCUUGAAGGCCUGGCAGCCCAUCCUCACCCCCAAGACAGUGCUGCCUCUCUUCUUCGCCGUCGGAGUCAUCUUUGCCCCGCUAGGAGGACUAUUGCUCUGGGCGAGCUCGCAGGUCCAAGAGCUGUCGAUAGAGUACCAGCGCUGCACACGCGAUGCCACCGACACCUUCAGCACCAUUCCCUCGGACCUUGUUUCGAGCCAUUUCAAGAACGCCACCACUCCCUCGCAGGCUCCCCAAUGGCGCACCUACAACCAGACUAUCCCAUACCACAACGGCGCCGUCGAGAUUGACACUCCCGUGUGUCAGCUGCGUUUCUGGAUCCCCGACGACCUGCCCGCCCCCGUCCUCCUCUACUACCAACUCACAAACUUCUACCAGAACCACCGCCGCUACGUCAAGUCGCUCAGUUCCGACCAGCUCAAGGGCAACUUUGUUGACAACAGCACCAUCGACGGCAGCGACUGCGACCCUCUCCAACUUGACGCUUCAGGCAAGGCCUACUAUCCUUGCGGUCUGAUCGCAAAUUCGCUCUUCAACGACAGCUUUGUGACCCCACGCCUGCUGAACGGCCGUGACGAUGCCGACCCUGUCAACUAUACCAUGACCAACAAGGGCAUCGCAUGGGCAAGCGACGGCGAUCUGUACAAGAAGACUGUCUAUACCGUCGAUCAGGUGAGCCCUCCACCGAACUGGCGUGUCAUGUAUCCCGAAUACAGCAAUGACAUCCCUAUUCCGAACAUCCAUGACUGGGAGGAGUUCCAUGUGUGGAUGCGCACUGCCGGCCUGCCUGCCUUCAGCAAACUGGCUCUGCGUAACGACACCGCGACCAUGCGUAGUGGUCAAUACCAGAUGGAGAUUUAUGAUUACUUCCCCGUCACCAUUUAUGGUGGCACAAAAUCCAUCCUCCUAAGUACCCGCACCAUCAUGGGUGGUCGCAAUCCUUUCCUCGGCAUUGCAUACAUUGUCGUCGCUGGCGUCUGCAUUGUACUGGGCGCUCUGUUCACUGCAACCCACCUGAUCAGGCCUAGAAAACUCGGUGACCAUACUUACCUGAGCUGGAACAACGAGCAGCCCAGUACCGGUGUCACUACUGGCAGGGCCUGA